UUUACAUAAUUAUCAAAUCAUUGCAAUAUUCUUCAAAAAUAUGUGGGCAAGCUUAAACUUCGUGUUCAUCUCAUUGGUUGUUCUUUUGCUGAGAGAUAUUACAUACGCGACAAACAACACAAAGGAUAUUCCUACAACAAAUCCAGCUCUAACCUCGUCAACUACAAUUCCAACUAUGAUGACAAACCAACCUCCAACUACCAUGGUAAACCAGGCCCCAAAAAUUCAAGAAGAAGCGGACGAAAAGGUGGAUCCUUCUAAAAGUCAUGAGUGCCCUAUCACUGCAAAACUUUAUGAUCUUGCACUUGCAACGAGAGGGAAUGGGAAGAAAAGGAAUUGCACAGAACCGGGUUGUUUCUUCAUCUACGAACAAGAGAAUCUCGGAUGGGAAUUCCCUGCCUUCCUUAUUGAAAAUAAGAAGAGAGGAAGGUUGUUGUACUUGACUGGUUGCCGUUAUGAUAUCCCAUUGCUACUAGAGCGCACCGUAGGAAUCGAACGAAUUCAUCGAGCCCUUAGGGCACUCCGUGCCUGUUAUAUCGGGGAGAGAGUUGAAGCAGAAAAGGCCUACUUUUGUCAACCCGAAUAUAAAGAAAAUGGGACAAACUUCGCUCUUAAUCAAGGAAUGGAACAUAGUAUUCGAGAAGAUGGGGAACGUGACACUUGGGUUGGACGGUUUCUGCCUAGUACACAAAAUAGAUGCUUCAACAAUUUCAUUGAAGGAAUGUUCUACGUGAAUGAUGAUGGAAAUAGCAUUCUUGUGUGUUGCAGUAAUGGAAAUAAGGAUAAAAUGUUUAAACAAAUAUGCCAUGAUACUAGUUCGGAGAUCAAUAAACUUAAGUGGCGUGAUCAAAUAGACGAUUAA